AUCCUGUUUAUCAGCCUUCUUGGCGUUGCAACCCAAGCGAGGCUGGUAUUCGCCCGCAAUGCUUAGCACCGGCCCACUGUGGCCAAGCCCCGCCAUGGUUGCUGCUGAUCCCUGCCAAAGCGAAUACUAGCCUUGCUCGAUAAGGCAGGUCCCAAAACAUUCCCAGCAGGGUUUCCCGCCGCGGUGCCUGCCGAUUGCUGCAGAUACCUGCGGCCCCCGGUGCUGGUGGUUAUUCGCGGCGUUGAGCACACCAUCUCCUCAUCUCCCGGCCCAGUGUAUAAAUAAGCUGUCAUUCCCGGGCAUUCUUGAGGGAUCGUCGCACUGAUUGAGCUGAGCUUGAGCUGAAGCUGAGCUACUGUCAUCAUGGGCGCUCUUCGCUGGUUGUCGCUUGCCGCUGCCGCGUCUUCUGCGCUGGCUCUUACCCCAGAGCAAUUGAUCAGUGCGCCUCGCCGAUCCGAAGCCGUCCCCAACCCCUCUGGUAGCGUCGCGUUCUUUUCCGCCUCGCAGUACUCCUUCGAGACCAAGGAGCGCCCCUCGUGGUGGAGCUUGAUUGAUCUCAAGUCCGGGGAGAUCUCUCCCCUGACGAAUGACAGCAAUGUCUCGGAGAUUGUCUGGUUGACGGAUUCGACUCUGCUGUACAUCAAUGGGACCAAUGAGGAUGUCCCUGGUGGUGUUGAGCUCUGGGUUUCCCCUUUGAAGGAUUUUCCUUCUGGCUACAAAGCCGCCUCCCUUCCGGCCCCCUUCAACGGCCUCAAGGUCGUAACAACCAAAAAUGGCGACCUGCACUACGUGCUAAACGGCCAGUCCUAUCCCAACGGCACAGCCUACAACGAAGCCACCGCAGCUCCCCAAGCCAGCUCCGCCCGCAUCUAUGACAGCAUCUACGUCCGUCACUGGGACUACUACCUGACCACAACCUUCAACGCCGUCUUUUCAGGCACAUUGAAGAAGAGCCAGCACAAGAAAUACACCGCCGCAGGCGGACUCAAGAACCUCGUCUCCCCCGUGAAAAACGCCGAAAGCCCCUACCCGCCCUUUGGCGGAGCCUCGGACUACGACAUCUCCCCCGACGGCAAGUGGGUGGCGUAUAAGAGUAAAGCCCCCGAUAGGCCGCAGGCAAACCAUACCACGGCGUAUAUCUAUCUUGCGCCGCACGAUGGGUCGAAGACUGCUUUCCCGGUCAACGGGCCUGGGAGCAAGGUGCCCGAGGGGAUUGAGGGCGACUCGAAUAACCCCGUUUUCUCGCCGGACAGCAAGACGCUCGCGUACUUCCAGAUGGAGGACCCGACGUAUGAGUCGGAUCGUCGGGUUCUGUACCUGUACGACCUGUCCUCAAAGGAGAUUACUGCUCUGGCCACGGAGUGGGACCGGUCCCCCGAUUCGCUCCAGUGGGUUGAUACCCGCACCAUCGUCGUCGGCGCCGAGGAUACAGGACGCGUCAAGCUGUUCCUUGUCCCCGUUAAGAAGGCCACCGGUGACGACUUCCAGCCCGCGAACCUGACUGCGACGGGCGUUGUCAGCGCGUACUACGUCCUCCCAAACAAGAAUAUCCUCGUUACCGGCGCGGCGCAGUGGACGAACUGGAACGUGUACACUGUCAGUCUGGAUCCGAAGAAGGGUGUUCUCAAGACGCUUGCGUCGGCGAAUGAGAUUGAUCCUGAGCUUGCGGGUCUGGGGCCUGAGGAUAUCAGUGAAUUUUGGUAUGAGGGAAACUGGACUGAUAUCCACGCCUGGAUCAUCUACCCCGAAAACUUCGACAGCUCCAAAACCUACCCGCUCGCCUACCUCAUUCACGGCGGCCCGCAGGGCUCCUGGGCUGACUCGUGGAGCACGCGGUGGAACCCCAAGGUCUUUGCCGACCAGGGAUACGUUGUCGUCGCGCCGAACCCCACUGGUUCAACUGGGUACGGCGAUGAGCUUACGGAUCGGAUUCAGAAUAACUGGGGAGGAGCCCCCUACGAUGACCUCGUGAAGGGCUGGGAAUACGUCCGGGAUAACAUCGACUACAUCGACACUUCCCGCUCCGUUGCCGCGGGCGCGUCUUACGGCGGGUUCAUGAUCAACUGGAUCCAAGGCUCGGACCUGGGCCGCGAAUUCAAAGCGCUGGUCAGCCACGACGGGACCUUCGUCGCGGACGCCAAAAUCUCCACGGAAGAGCUGUGGUUCAUGGAGCGCGAGUUCAACGGGACCUUCUGGGGCGCGCGGGAAAACUACCGUCGCUUCGACCCCUCUGCCUCGGAACGGAUCGAGCGCUUCGACACGCCGCAGCUGGUUAUCCACAAUGAUUUGGAUUAUCGGCUCCCUGUUGCGGAGGGACUGAGUCUGUUCAAUGUGUUGCAGGAGCGUGGAGUGCCGAGUCGGUUUUUGAAUUUCCCGGAUGAGAACCAUUGGGUUGUGCAGCCGGAGAACUCGCUUGUUUGGCAUCAGCAGGUCCUGGGGUGGUUGAAUAAGUAUUCGGGGGUUGGGGAGGAGAAUGACAAGGCUGUUAGUCUUGAGGAUACCGUUGUGCCUGUUGUGGAUAUUGACCCGCCUGCUUGAGUAUGAGGGGUGGGAAUGAUGUGUAUGAGGCAAACGAUGUAUGCUAUGGUACAUGGUAAUAUCAGGAAUAACCAAUGGCUUUCCAGAUGAUCGAGGUCCAUUUGCAGAUACAAACCUCGCUAUGCGUAAGACGACAAUUCAGCAGAUGGACCAGGCACCAAAGAAAAACAUUCAGUGUUCACAGUACAUUCCAGAAGCAUACUUUCAACGCCGGAGAGUAACCUCAAAGUCCGCAGCACGGAUUAGGCCAAGGCCCAUGGUCGCUCCGGCAUCGUACUUUUUCGUAGCUACAAGAUCCUCCCCUUCUUGAGCGA